GCUGACGAGCUCCUCGCUGUCUCCUACAUCCUUUUUCCCGGGGCAUCCACUCACGCAACCACCCCACGACUGCGCGCGCAGCCACCCGCCUUGUUCGCACGCGCUGUACCACUGCAGGCAAGACACUUGACGUCGCCAUUCCGAGGACACAAGGCUGCUCCGGCAUCGACGACGAUUGCUCCUCGGCAACGACAAGGCCAAGCACAUCUGCUCCGCUCUGCGACGACCGGCAGUCCUCUGCGCAAGAUCCACUCCGGCCUUUCCGCUAGCCAGCCCAGCCCAGGCAGGUUGCUUGUGCGAGUGACGACAUUAGCUGCGAUCGCAAUAACCCCGACAACAACACAACUACUUCUCCCCCCAAACGCCGCAUCGGCGCCGCCGCUCAAGCCGAGCCAAGCACACCUCCCGCCCUAUCAUCAUGGGCAAAUCGCAGUCCAAGCUCUCUCAAGAGCAACUAUCAGAGCUCCAAAAGUCCACGCACUUUGACAAGAAGGAGUUGCAGCAGUGGUACAAGGGCUUCCUAAAGGACUGCCCGUCGGGUAUGCUCACCAAGGAGGAGUUCCAGAAGAUCUAUCGGCAAUUCUUCCCGUUUGGCGAUCCGUCGUCAUUCGCCGACUAUGUCUUCAAUGUUUUCGACUCGGAUAGAUCAGGCUCGAUCGAUUUCAAGGAGUUCAUCUGCGCGCUAAGCGUGACGAGCCGAGGCAAGAUGGAGGACAAGCUCGACUGGGCGUUCCAGCUGUAUGAUAUCGAUGGCGACGGCAAGAUCAGCUAUGAUGAGAUGCUCAAGAUUGUUGAGGCGAUCUACAAGAUGGUCGGUUCAAUGGUGAAGCUGCCAGAGGAUGAAGAUACCCCCGAGAAGCGUGUCAGGAAAAUCUUCCGCAUGAUGGACAAGGAUGAGAACGGCAGCCUUGAUAUCGAGGAGUUCAAGGAAGGCAGCAAGCGCGACGAGACUAUCGUGUCGGCAUUGUCACUGUACGAUGGACUGGUCUGAGCCAGGCGUCUGCGGUCGGUGAUCGGAAACCAGGAUUGGGAGUCAGAACAACUUAGGCAUGGACAGCGAGCGAAUGGAAGGAUACGAUGAAAUGGGACCGCUUCUUAUCAGCAGUCAUAUCAAGCAGAAAUUACAAUAUUUCCAUCUGA